GUAGGCGCGAACCCCAGACGGGUGGUGGGACUGCCGCUCCCGGCGCCACCGGCAGCGUGGGCACGGGAAGGGGGCGCGUGGUACGACCCACGCCCCGCCCCGCCCCGCCGGAAGUGAGGUGUCUCACCCUCCAAGUUCCGGCUCGCAGGGGGUGGGGAGUGUUGUUAACCGGAGCCGCCUCCGCAGUCGCGGGCAUUGAGCGGGCUCGCGGUGCUGGGCUCCUGGUCCUCAGGCCAGGGCAAUGUUCCGAACUGCCGUGAUGAUGGCGGCCAGCCUGGCGCUGACCGGGGCCGUGGUGGCUCAUGCUUACUACCUCAAGCACCAGUUCUACCCCACGGUGGUGUACCUGACGAAGUCUAGCCCCAGCAUGGCAGUCCUGUAUAUCCAGGCCUUCGUCCUUGUCUUCCUCUUGGGCAAGGUGAUGGGCAAGGUGUUUUUCGGACAGCUGAGGGCAGCAGAGAUGGAGCACCUUCUGGAACGUUCCUGGUAUGCUGUCACUGAGACUUGUCUGGCUUUCACCGUCUUUCGGGACGACUUCAGCCCCCGCUUUGUUGCUCUCUUUACUCUCCUUCUCUUCCUCAAGUGUUUUCACUGGCUGGCUGAGGACCGUGUGGACUUUAUGGAACGCAGCCCCAAUAUCUCCUGGCUCUUUCACUGCCGCAUUGUCUCCCUUAUGUUCCUCCUGGGUAUCCUGGACUUCCUCUUCGUCAGCCAUGCCUAUCACAGCAUCCUGACCCGAGGGGCCUCUGUGCAGCUGGUGUUUGGCUUUGAGUACGCCAUCCUGAUGACCAUGGUGCUCACCAUCUUCAUCAAGUAUGUGCUACACUCCGUGGACCUCCAGAGCGAGAACCCCUGGGACAACAAGGCUGUGUACAUGCUCUACACCGAGCUGUUCACAGGCUUCAUCAAGGUUCUGCUGUACAUGGCUUUCAUGACCAUCAUGAUCAAGGUGCACACAUUCCCUCUCUUCGCCAUCCGGCCGAUGUACUUGGCCAUGAGGCAGUUCAAGAAAGCUGUGACUGACGCCAUCAUGUCUCGCCGAGCUAUCCGCAACAUGAACACACUGUACCCAGACGCCACCCCAGAGGAACUGCAGGCGAUGGACAAUGUCUGCAUUAUCUGCCGAGAAGAGAUGGUGACUGGUGCCAAGAGACUGCCCUGCAACCACAUUUUCCAUACCAGCUGCCUGCGCUCCUGGUUCCAGCGGCAGCAGACCUGCCCCACCUGCCGUAUGGACGUCCUUCGGGCAUCGCUGCCGACCCAGUCACCGCCGCCCCCUGAGCCUGCAGAUCAGGGGCCACCACCUGCCCCCCAUGCCCCACCACUCCUGCCCCAGCCCCCCAACUUCCCCCAGGGCCUCCUGCCUCCCUUCCCUCCAGGCAUGUUCCCACUGUGGCCCCCCAUGGGCCCCUUUCCACCUGUCCCACCUCCCCCCGGCUCAGGAGAGGCUGCGGCCCCUCCGUCCACCAGUGCAGCCGCCCUUUCUCGGCCCAGUGGAGCAGCCACAACCACAGCCGCUGCUGCUGCCUCUGCCCCAGCACCUGGCCCUGCCUCCUCCCCGGAGGCCAGCCCUGCCCCCGGCUUCCCCUUCCCGCCUCCCUGGAUGGGCAUGCCCCUGCCUCCGCCCUUUGCCUUCCCCCCGAUGCCUGUGCCUCCUGCAGGCUUUGCCGGGUUGACCCCAGAGGAGCUGCGGGCUCUGGAAGGCCAUGAGCGACAGCACCUGGAGGCCCGGCUACAGAGCCUGCGCAACAUCCACACGUUGCUGGACGCUGCCAUGCUGCAGAUCAACCAGUACCUCACCGUGCUCGCCUCCCUGGGGCCCCCCCGGCCUGCCACCGCAGUUAACCCCACUGAGGAGACUACCCCUACCGCUGUUGCUGCCACCUCUUCCACCAGCAGCCCCAGCUCUGAGGCCACCACUCCAUCCCCAGGAGCCUCUCCACCAGCCCCUGAACCUGAAAAGCCUUCAGCUCCUGAGUCAGCAGGCACCGAGGAGCUGCCUGAAGAUGGGGAGCCUGACGCAGCAGAGCUGCGCCGCCGCCGUCUACAAAAGCUGGAGUCCCCUGUUGCCCACUGACAACGCCCCAGUCUUGACCUGCCCCCUCUCGAGCAGCCCUCGCUGGGACACAUCCUGCCACCAAGUGCCAACUCCCUCCCUCCCUGCACCGGGGAGUAGUAACCCCCAGCUCUGGGUGGAGGAGGUGGCACCCCAGACCAAGUGGAAAGAGGCUGGAGGCCCCAGCCAACUCCAGCCCUUACAGUCCCCUGGCAGCCAUGGGGAUUUGGGGUCACUUCAGGCUUCCUCUCCAACCCUUCAGCCCUAUAUUCUGCUGGGCCUGUGAAGGCAGAAAGGUGCAGCAUCUGAGACGCCCUCUGACCCCCCCAACGCCCUUCUGGGAGAAGGGGCAGCCCCUCUGAGCCCCCCUUGUGUGUGGAGUCACGCUGCAGUGCCGAACAGUAUUAGCUCUGGUUCCCGAGUGUGGACUCAAGGGGCUGGAGGCAGGCCAGGAACUUGCUCCUGGGCCCGCCCACCAAGACUGGUACCUAACCCCUUUUCCUACCUAAACUCUGCGGAAGCUCUUUGCAGUGGUCUGCUGUGCCCUUUGUGCCCUGUGGCACUUUGAUGUCUUACUGGCAGCCACACAACUCAGGGAAAGGAGUAUCUUGGGGGGGACGGGCAGACUGCGCUGAGGGGCCCUGCUCUGCCCCUCCCCCCCGGGCCUUUUCUCCCUGUAGUUUGUUUGAGGUGAGACUUCAGUCUCACCCCGCAGGCACCAGGCAGCCUCACUCUAGGCUGAGAGCUGGGGUGUCUGCUUCUGAACCACUGCAAGCCUCAGAACCUACAGAAAGGCCACUUCUUAACUUGCAGAAUUUUUCUUGAGUUUAGAAGAAAGGGAGUUACUUCCCUGCUAUGUCUUCUGGCUUAAAUUUUUGAAUUGGAAUGCCUGACCCCAGGAAAGGGGAGCAGGAGUGCUGAGCUCCUCAUCUUUCCAGUUUAGAAAAGGCUCUGGGCCAGGUAGGGCCCACAGGAGCCAAGGCCUUGCCUGCCCCUGUCUUUUUCCCCUUGGUUUUAUGUUACAAGAGUUGCUGGAGACAGUUUCAGAUGAUUAUUUAAUUUGUAAAUAUUGUACAAAUUUUUAUAGCUUAAAUUGUAUAUACAGCUAAAUAAAAACUUGCAUUAAUGACUGGUG